AUGACUGCCCCAAACUUGGGACACACUGCCUCAACUACACGACCACCACCAUGUCCAGUUGUGAGGAUUAUGUCUCAUGGUGUGGUCCGUGAAGGCAAGGCAGUAGCUCCCUUGAAGCUGACUCAAAGUGUCUCACCUUCACGAGCCACUUCAGGACUAGUGGUCAAGACCAUUACUCGUGGGAAGGCUCGUGAAGCAAAUGAGAAGCACAUAACAACUCUUCGAUUGUCACAUUCUGCUGCCAGGGAUAAGUUGCAUUUGACAUAUAGGGUAGAACAGGCUGGGUUGAUUGAGGAGAAUGCCUAUUUGAAAGGUGAAGAAAUAAGUGUGAAUGGGAGCAAUGCAAGUCAACUUGGGAACAAUGAUGACAUCAGAAACUUGCAUGAUGUCAAUGAGGAUCAACUGGGAAGUUCGGGUGCUAUUCAGUUGUCUCCAACUGUGGUCAAUACGGUGUUUCAUAUGAUCAACAUGAUGUUGCAACUAUUGCAAAUGAGGGGUCUCUUUGGGGGACUUGCUCAUGAGGACCCUCAUGACCACAUCCGCAACUUUGGGGAUUCAAGUAGCAUGUUGGAAAGCCAGCUUAAUCCACUUGCUAUAGAGUCCGAGACAAUAUCGGAAAAUGAGAUAAUGCAGCUGCUUACAGAUGACGAAGCAAACAACAAAUCCGACUACAGUGACAAUAAAUUUGAUGAACAAGAUGGUAACGAUGAUGAUCAUCCAAAUAAGAAAAUGCGCAAUCAUCGUCACACCAAGCAACAUAUCGAGGAAAUGGAAGCUUUGUUUAAGGAGUGUCCGAAGCCAAAUAAGAAGAAAAUGAAGGAGCUCAGUAAUAAGCUAGAGUUAGAACCUUUGCAGAUCAAAUUUUGGUUCCAAAAUAGGCGUACCCAAAUAAAGAACCAAGAUCAACACAGUGAGAAUUUAUCACUUCGAGCUGAAAAUGACAAGCUUAGGGCUGAAUGUGUGUGGUUAAGUGAAGCUAUCAACAAUGGUUGCCCUAAUUGUGGCGACCAUGGUUUCCGUUUAGGUGAAACGCCAAAUAAUGAACAAUAUGUAAGGCUCGAAAAUGCUCGCCUACAAGAAGAGGUAAUCAAAAUUUCAAAAAAUUAUUUGACUCGUUGGAUUGAUAUAUUUCGUCACAUAACUAGGGCAGCUAUGUACGAGCUUCUUCAAAUGGCUCGAAUGGACGAGCCACUUUGGCUUCCAAACAUUGACGGUGUAAAUAAUGACUUAAAUGAAGAAGAAUACAAGAGGAAAUUCCCUAGGGGAAAUGAGCCUAAGCCUAAUGGAAUUAAGACUACUGCUUCACGAGAAAGUGUUCUUGUAACCAUGAAUCACAUCAACUUGGUGGAGAUUUUCAUGGACACGAUAUAUGCAGAGUUUCAAGUUCCCUCUCCACAAAUUCCAAAUCGAGAUUGCUACUUUGUAAGGUCUUGCAAUAAAAUUGUUGAUGGACUAUGGGUAAUUGUUGAUGUUUCCCUGGACCAUACCCCGAUUACUAGGUGUUGGAAAAGGCCCUCAGGAUGUGUGAUUCAACAAAUCUCAAAUGAUAUCUCAAAGGUCACAUGGGUUGAGCAUAUCGAGGCCGAUGACACAUUAGUUCACACCUUUUACAAGACCUUUGUGAAUUCCAGCCUUGCAUUUGGGGCAAAGCGUUGGAUUUCUAUCUUGGAUAGACAAUGUGAACGAUUAGCAAGUGCAGAAGCCACAAAUUUACCCCAAAGUAGUAAUAUUACUCAUACGCAUAAAGAGCAAAGAAAAAGCGCGUUGAAGCUUGGGGAAAGAAUGAUAAUAGAUUAUAUUUCAGGAGUGAGUGGAACAACAACACACCAAUGGACAACUUUCACAAGAAGUGGCUAUAAUACUAACGAUGUUCAAGUCAUGACUAGGCAGAGCAUAAACGAUCCAGGGAGACCACGGGGCCUUGUGUUGUGCGCUUCAACUUCCAUCUGGCUGCCCGUUCUUCCAAAACUUGUCUUUGAUUUCCUUCGGAAUGAAAACACAAGGGGCAAGUGGGACAUUCUAUCGAAUGGGGGUACUAUUCAACAAGUUACUCAUAUUGCAAAUGGAACGGAAAUAGGCAAUUCUAUCUCCAUAUUGAGAGUCAAGAGUCCAAAUCCAGCUCAAAACGAUAUGUUGAUAUUUCAAGAGAACAUCACUGAUCCAACAGGGUCAUUUAUUGUUUAUGCACCUAUUGAUAUUCGUGCAAUAGACAUGGUAUUAUGUGGUGGGAAUCCUGAUGGUGUUCCGCUAUUACCUUCUGGAUUUGCUAUAUUCCCUGAUGGGCCAUCAAGCAGUACAAACUACGAAAUUUCUGAUUAUAGUGGAUCAUUCCUCACUAUCGCAUUCCAGAUUUUGGUACAUAAUGUACCCACUGCAAAUAUUUCUCCUCAAUCUAUUGCUUCCGUCAAUAAACUCAUGUUUUGCACCAUCGAUAAGAUCAAGAAUGCUCUCUUUCUCAAUUUUUAA